AUGCCUUCAUCAUCAUCGACGCCUCAGAGAAAGCAUUUGUCGGAUCAUAUCAGCGUCCUCUAUAAGGAGGGAAUUGUUCAUGCCAAUCGGCACGAUAUUCAUUACAUUGAUAUUGUAAAUUCAACGUUUCAUAAUCUAACCAAGUUAUUUUUGAGUCAAAAUAAGAUUAAAAACUUGCAUGGUCUCUGUCAGUUUAAGGAAUUGAAAACGCUCAGCUUGAGCUAUAACCUCAUCGAAGAUUUUAAAGAAUUAAAAUACAUUCCUCAUAGUGUCGAUUGUUUGAGCUUGGAGGGAAAUCCGAUUGCAGGGCACCCGAAUUAUAGGUUAAUGGUCAUUGAACAAUUUCCUAAUUUGCGAACACUCGACAACAAGCCAGUCCAAGAUUCGGAGAGAAGAGACAUUAUCGAAGCAAACCAAUUGGCUGAAUUCUAUCCCAAGUUGUUGUUUGCCAUCGAUCGACUGACAUCAAGGACCUAUAAAGAUAUCCUUCGAAUCGGUGUGCAAGUUGAAAUGUAUAACAGAGUGAAUAAUGGAGCAGCCACUACCAUACCGGUCGUGGAGGAACCAGAUGACACAUCAAAUCCAGAUUACAAGCGAUGUGUCAAGAAAAUUCCACCACUCUCAGAUUUGAAAGACACAAAAAUUACCAUUGAGGGUAUUCGAAAUUUGGCCAGAAACAUGUUUGACGAAACAAUUGUGCAGUCGAUCCUCGAUGAAUCACAGAAUUUAGGUGGUGAAAUGGAUCGAUUUAGAAUGGAUCUAAAAGUGUUGAUUGUUAGACAAUACCGAGAAACCAAACGCUAUUCCCACGCAGUGUCCUGUCUUGAGAAAGAAUCCAAGUUUUCCAUAUAUGCUGGAGACCAGACACUGUUGUAUAUCCUUAUCAAAACCAUGGUCGAAUUUGCCAAACGAUUAUUUGAGCGCGAGAACGAACGAGAACGUUUUCUGGCGUGUCUAAAACAUCUCGAAGAACAAUUCCCAAAACCUCCUCCUAAGAUUGAAACCCCUAAAUCAUCGUCACAACAAAAUUCUAAUCCCGUAUCAACCCAAUCAUCAAAUAAGGAACCUAAGUCUAGCGAGAAUAACGUGAAGAAAAGUGUUCAACUCAAUAGUACGCCUUCCAGAUAUGCCAAUGAUUCUUCGAAAAGUUCAAUCGAAGACGAAGACACUGUAAUUUUCUCCGAAGAUCAACUCACAUCACCGGACAAAGACGAUUUGUCAAGAAUUCGAGCGUCCUUGCAAGAAUCAAAAAAUUCUCUUUACGAUUUGGAAGAAAGUUCUUUUUUCCUGACCAAAUCGACUGCCACCCAUUACAAGAAGUGGAAUAAGUUAUUUUCAAAAUCUAAGGACGGUCUUAGUUGCUCCGUACAGCAAGAGGAUGAAUUGUCGAAGGAGCAACGUGUGGAAGAAUUCAGAAAAGAGCAACUCAAGAAAAAAGUAUUAUCAGCUUUGCGAACCUAUGCCGAAAGAAGGAAAGAAGCUCGUUUAAAUUAUGAAAAAAAGCGCAAACUGAAAAAUAUCAAAGCUAGGUCAUUCUAUGUCAAGUCGUUGCAAUCUAAAGCAUUCUCUGCAUUGAUCAAAAACACCGAAAGGAGAAGGAAUUUCAAACAAGCUGUUCGGAUAUUACGAAAUGUUCGAUAUGAUAUUAUUAAGAGAACCUUUUUUGAUGCUUGGAGAUCUCUGCUAUUAAGGUGUAGUGAUAUUCGACCUCUCUCUGCAGUUCCAAAGUCUAGAAAUUAUGAUAGUGACAAAGAGAAUAGACGACCCUCGACAGUCAAUAUGGUUGAAUACAAUCCUUCUCAAUCACGGGGAAAGCAUUACAGAAAAGCAAGACCUCAAUCUGCCGGUCACGCUCUCAGUAGGAAUACCGAAAAACUGCCGUACAACAAGGAAGAAACAACAUGUCCUUCUUCAAAGUAUUCCUCCCAUCGUCGACCUCAAACAGCAACCAGUCCUAGGACUCGAACAAGAGAAGUUGAGGACUAUGAGGACAAAUCCACCAAGCAACAGCAGCAUUCCAACAAGUAUUCUCCUGAAAAUGUGACAAGAGAAAAGGAUGGACCUAAAUUCAAAAACCCUAAAGAAAAAAAGGAGAAAACUGUAUUACUCUUGUCAGCUCAAAAGUUAGAUAAGGACUUUGUCUUGACUCCCGAUAUUAUUAAGGGACGUUAA